AUGGUUGCAGCAAAGAUCAGUAAUGAGCCCACUUUCUGCAUUAAGAAGAUGAUAUUGGAGCACACAUGUCCCACCCAAUCUGAGAAGACAAGGAUCAGCUCAAAGUGGCUUGGCAACAAAAUGCUUGAAACUAUCAGAUCAGACCCCAACACUACUGUACCUGCUAUAGUUGACAAGGUAAAGAGGCAGUUUGGUGUUGAGGUGCCCAAGAUGAUGGCAUGGAGAGCAAAGAGGAAAGCAAAGGAGAUUGUGCUUGGAGAUCACAAGAGGCAAUACAAGAGGCUGGGAGAUUAUUUGGAGAUUGUGAAAGCUACGAAUCCUGGAUCAAGAUGCAUUGUUGCUACUAUGAGUGGAAAAACAAGAGAAAAUCCAACUGCAGGACCAAGGCCAUUCAUAGGCCUAGAUGGUCGUUUCAUUAAGUUGACUAGUGGGGCACAAAUACUAGCUGCUACUGGAAGGGAUGCAAACAAAAAUAUGUACCCCAUAGCAUUUGGAGUGGUUGGAGUUGAAGACACACCAAACUGGUCUUGGUUUUUGACUCAACUGAAGUAUGCCCUAGGAGGGACUGAAGAGGGAAAAUUUGGGAAGUACACAUUCAUGUCUGAUAGACAAAAGGGUCUGCUGAAUGCAGUCACAUCAAUUUUUCCAAACUGCCCUCAUAGGUACUGCUUGAGGCACAUUUAUGCCAACUUCCAGAGAGCAGGAUUCAGAGGAGAAGACUUGAAGAAAUGCAUGGAUGCAGCUGCAUAUGCUUACAUUGAACAUGACUUUCAAUUGGCAAUGGAGAGCAUGAAGGCUGAGUGCAAGCCUGCUUGGGAGUGGAUGUCAAGGAUUCCUCCAAAAGCUUGGUCAAGACAUGCAAUGGAUACUAACUGCAAAACUGAUCUUGCGGUCAAUAACUUAAGUGAAGUUUUUAAUAAGUACAUAGUUGAUGUAAGGAACAAGCCUAUUGUCACUAUGAUCAAUGGGAUCAAGGACAAAUUUCUGGUAAGGUGUCAGCAAAAGAGAGAGGGUGGACUAGUUUCAAGAUGGGAAAUUGCACCAACUUAUGCUGAGAAGUUAGAGAUGAACAAGAGAUAUGCAAGGGACUGCAAAUCAUUGAUAGCUGGACCAGGUCUUUUCCAAGUGAGUAGUGGGGACAAGACCUACUCUGUUGACACUAACUUGCAAACAUGUGGCUGUAAGAAAUGGGACCUCUCUGGAAUUCCUUGCAACCAUGCUUGUUCUGCCAUCUACAGGUCCAAACAACUACCAGAGGACCAUGUAAAUGUGUUCUUCAAAAAGGCUAUGUACUUGGAGUCAUACAAGCCUAUCAUUUACCCAGUUCCUGGUCCUGAUUGUUGGGUGAAAACUGCAACUCCUGACAUUGACCCACCUCAGUUCAAAGAAGACAAGAAGGGACCAGCAGAAGAGAAAAGGAAGAAAGGCAGGUUUGAGCCUCCUCAAGCAAAGCAGACAUCAAGGAUGGCUACAAUAACUUGUAGUAACUGCAAGUUGCAGGGCCACAAAUACACAAGUUGUGCUAAGCCAUUGAGGCAAGAUCUGCAAAUUAGGAAGAACAAGCACAUGGAAAACAAGACAGCCCCUGCAUGGCAGCAAGGUGGAAGCUCAACAUCUGCUACAACAACUCCUAGGGGUGCAAGCUCUACAUCUGCUUCAAGGGGUUCAUCUGCUGCUGCUUCAAGGGGCAACUCUGCUAGAGCUGUUGCUCCAUCUGCUAGAGCUGCUGGUACAUAUGCUAGAGCUGCAAAUUCUUCUUCUUCUGGUGCUGGUACUGCUGCUGCAAGAAGAGGUGCAAAGACAUGUGCAAGAAGCUUCAAUCCUCCAAGAACUAUUGCAGAACCUUCAACUAGCCAGCCAAUAGGACAUAGGUCCAAAAGGACAAGAUACAUGAGCAAAAGGAUGGAGGGGUACUUCUAUGCCAGUGGGAACUACUGA